AUGAAAAGUAUUUUUAGAAAAUCAGUACAAAUUUUCAAAGAUAAAAAAGAUAAAGAUGGUGUAUAUAUAAAUAAUAGUGGCGGUAAUAAUGAUGGAAAUGGUAGCAAUAAUGGUAAAUCAUCACCAUCAUCCUCUUUAUCCAAAAAAGAUAAAAAAAAUAAGCAUGGAAAUAAUAUAGCCAAUACAGAUUUUAAUAACGAAUACAAUCAAGGAUAUCAUAAUGGUAGCAUUAGUAGUAACCAUAGUGGACAAUCACCAACCCUAACACGUGAGGAUAGUAUUAGUAGUUACAAUUCUGACUCAACAACAAUAAGCGCAGCAUCGUCACCACCAAUAUUUAUACACAAUCCUAAUGCAAGAAAAGUAUUUGGUGUACCUUUAUCACAGGUACCAUGCAGACCAGGAUCAAAUGUUCCAAUUAUUAUAGAGAGAUUAGUUGAUCACAUCGAAAAGACAUCACUUACUACCGAGGGUUUAUUUCGUAUACCCGGCCGUGAAGUUACAAUUAAUCAAUAUAUAAACUUAUAUAAUAAUGGUGAAGAUGUCGAUGUUUCACCAAUCGAACCAUAUACUGCCGCCGGUUUACUCAAAAGAUUCUUUAGAGAUCUUCCUGUAUUUGUACCUCAAUCAAUUAAUAGGCGUGUAGCUUCUCUAUUUGUCUCUGAAGAUGGUAAAAAGAAACCAUUCGAUAUGGAAAUACUUGGCAAUCUUAGAAUAUUAGUACAUCAACUCCCUACUGUUCACUUUGAGGUAAUGCAGGCACUUACAGGACUCUUGGCAAAGAUUAUGAGUAAAUCUGACGAAAAUAAAAUGACAAUUUCAAAUAUAGCAAUUUGUUUAGUACCAACUUUAAAUUGUGUACCCGCCAUUGUAACCUAUCCAAUUCAAUAUUUUAAUUUCUUUUUCAACGAAAUUUUCCAAGAACAUCAUAUAUACCAUAUGAGACCUUAUCAAACCAAUCUUAUAUCAACAGCUAUAGAAGAAAGAUUAGAGCAUUUAUCACAUUUAUCCACACAACCAAUGUUAAUACCAAAUAAUAAUAAUUCAGAUGUACAAAAAAGAUAUUCAAGACCAGCUUCAAUUACAAUUUCUGGUUUAUUACCAACUCAGAAUCAAAGUCCAUCUUCUUCAACUAUAACCUCUACUACUAUAACCUCACCACAUGAUUCUACCACCCCAAUAACCUUUACUGUUACUACAACUUUUUCACCACAGGACCAACAAAAUGGCUCACCAUCACAAAUACACCAACACGCCCAACAACAACUCGAAUCAGGCAGUGGUAAUCAGCAACCAACCAAUACUUCGACCAAUGCUGCUACAACAACAAGCAAUAGGGAUCGUAGAACUUAUAAAAUUGAUCCAAAUGAAUAUGCUCAAUUUUUAGAAGAAACUCAAUAUAAUAUAAAUAAAAACUAUUUACAUGGUGGUAAUACUUCAAAUAAUCUUAGCCAAAGUAGUAGUAAUAUUUCACCAUCAACAACCAUAACAAAUAACAAUACUAAUAACAAUAAUAAUAACAACAAUAAUAUUAAUAAUAGUUAUGGUAGCAAUAGUAGUGAAACAAAUAAAUUAUAUAGAAGAAGUGUUGCAUAUACUGGUGGUAAUAUUGAAACUAAAGCAGCUAUUCAACAAAUUAAAGAAAAAAUUGAUAGAUACUCUAAAGAAAAGAAAACAAGAGAAGAUAAAGAAAGAGAAAAACUAUUACGUUAUAGUAUUGAUUUAGAAAGAUACAAAGAUAGAUAUAAUAAAGAAAAGAGAAGUAGUAGAGACAUCAACAAAGAAAUUGAAAGAGAAAUUGAAAAGAGACUUUCACCAAGAGAAAGACUUAAUUUACUUUUAGCUAGCAACAAUGGCACAAUGAAUCUCUCAUCAUCUGUAAAUUCAACAUUAAAUAGAUCAAGCAUUUCAGGCUUAUCAUCAUUAAUGAAUAGCGCCAAUAUUAAUGAUACAAGUAGUAAUAGUGGUAGUAAUAGAAGAAUGAGUAUUACCCAACAAUUACAAAUGCAGUUACAACAACUUCAACAACAACAACAAGCUUAUCAACAACAACAACAAUCCACCACACCCAUGGGUCUUAAUAACAACACAACCACAACCUCAACAACAACCAAUUCGAAUAGAUACUCGUCCAAUAGAUAUAAAGCAGUUGGUGACUUGGCCUCUUCUUCCUCAUCAUUCCGUUAUUCACGUGAAAUUUACGACGAUGAUUACUAUUCAAACAAUAACAUGAUGUUUAAUAACAAUUUCAAUGAUAAUAUGAGUUCAAUAUCUGGAUCAUCAGCAUCAGCUUUUUCACGUCAAAGAUCACAAAGCUGCUUCGAACCAGAAUCAUUAAUUCAACAACUAACACUCCAACAACAACAAUAUCAACAACAACAACAACAGCAAUCAUAUCAACAACCAUAUCAAAUGAAUCCACAAUACUCAAAUGCCUUUAUAGAACAAAAAUUAGAUCAAAUUAGAGAUACUAUCAAUAACUUGCAUAGAGAUAACAGAGUAUCAAGAGAUUACACUCAUUAUCUUAGAGAGGUCGAAGAUUUAAGAGAAACCCUUCAAAAAGAAACCGUUACUACCGAAUUCUUUGCAAACAAAAACCAAGAGCUUGAAGAUAAAUUGCGUCGUGAAGAAGAAAAGAAUAAAAGACUUGUCGAAGAAAUUCAAUUACUCGAAAGCUAUUUCGUCCUUAAGGAAAAAUCAAAACUAUCAAAACGUUUAUCAACUAGAUCAAGAUCCCCAACAUUACAUGGUUCAUUUAACCAUAAUAAUGACCCUUUAAAUAGCUCCUCCAAUUCAAUUCAUUCUUAUGUAUCAAAUAAUGUAAAUUUAAAUCAACAACAAACUUUAAAUAACCCAAAUAAUAAUUAAAAGAAAAAAAUAAUAACCAAUAUUAAUCCCCAAAUUUAAUAUUAAAAAAAGAAUUUAAUAUUUUUUUUUAAUAUUUAUAUAAUCGAAACAAUAAAAUUAAAUUUUUAAUUGAUAUUAUAUUUUUACAAAAAAAUAUAUCAAAUAUUUAAAAAAAUUUAAU